AUGCGGCCCGCCCUGUCGUGUGUCAGCCGCCGCUGGCGGAAUGUGGCCUUUUCGGAGCCACGCCUGUGGCGCAUCAUCAUUGUAGCUCCAACAUACAAGGACGAGUCCCAGCAGCAGUUCAUUGAACCAAUAGCCUGGCUGCUGGGCAGAGGCGUGGGCAGCGUGGUGGGCGAGUUGGUGAUCGACGACAGGCGCGGGUGGCAGCUGGCGAAAGCGCUGCUCCCCCUGGUGGGCCCCCAGCUGCAGUCGCUGUCCCUCGCCGCCGCAGCUGAGCUGCCGGAUGAUGUGGCGGCGUCCCUGGCAGACCGGUUCCCUCACCUGGAGCUGCUGAGUCUUCAUGACGUCGCUCUGCCCGCACCGACGUUGCUGGCGUCCUUCCCGCGCCUGGCCGACCUGCGCAUCGAUUCCGAAGGCUCGCUGCCAGGCGGCCUGAUGCCCGUCGUUGAGCGGCUGACCCGCCUCACAGGGCUGCGCCUGGCCUGCUUCUCUGAGCCGCUGUCGCCGGUCGGCGGCCUCACGGCGCUGCGCCACCUGGCAUCCCUGGAGCUCAGCGAUGGCGGGGACCGCGCUGCCUCCCCUCUGGUGGUGGCGCCGCCGGCGGGCUUCCCCAACAUGCAGAGCCUGGAGCUGGUUUUUUCCGAAGAAGUUGAUCUUACGGAAGGGUCGACAAUGGAGGUGGCAGGCGCGACCUUCACCUAUUGCAGCUACAACCUGCACCUCUCCGUGCCACGCAACCUGGCAUCCAUGGUGCCGGGGGAAUGCACGCAGCUGGCGGCGCUGCAAGAGCUAGACAUCGCUGGCGGCGCCCCGAUUGGGCAGUUUGCAGAGGGCCUGGUACAGCAGACGCCCCACCUCACCUCCCUCGGCCUCUCCAGCUGCGGCCUCACAGCGCUGCCGCCCGCUGCCGUGGGGCUGCGCCACCUCAAGAUGCUGGACUGCUCCAAAACUUCCCUUGGCGACCUUCCCCCAGGGCCCUACCUGUCAGGCCUGACUUUCUUCAACCUCUCGGACACUGGCCUGACCCGCCUGCCACCCGUGCUGGCCAAUGCCAGCUGCCUGGUCACGCUGGGGCUGGCCAGGUGCCACAGCCUGACGGUCAGCUGCGUCGCCACCCGCCGCGUGCUGCUGGGGUUGACAUCGCUGCAGAGCGUUGACCUGCGGCAGACGGUGGUGGAGUGUGGUGUCUUCUGCUUGCUGCGGCGAGGCGCCUCAGAUCGAUUGAGGGUGCAGCAAAUGGACGAUGAGGGCGAGUGGAGCGAGGGUGAGGGCGGGGGCUGGGACGGCGGCUCCUCCACCAGCGACUCCAGCGGCGACGGCGCCCCGCGCUAUGACUGGGGCGGCUGCGCCUACGCCAGCCGCUGGUACGAGUGA